AUGAUUCCGCCGCCUGUUUUCAGCAAGCCCCCGGAACUGCAGUUCCGCGCGGGAAAAAUGAAGUAUACAGGCGGAAUGGUAACAGCCGACAAGCGAAAGGGUUACCUUUCGUUUUUCGCCAGUGCGAGCACCGUUGAGAUGAUCUGGGCAUCGGAGUCUGAGAAAUCGCCACCCAUCGUGUUGCCUCGCGGAAAAACUACCGUUAGCUUUGUGACCCAGUGCAAGACAGGCCGUGUCCUUUUGUUCGAGGUAAACGAGAAUGACGGGAAAAAGCAGUACUUCUUCUGGCUGCAGGACAAAUCGGAGCAGAAGGACAGUGCUUAUUUAGCGGGCCUUGAGAGCAUGCUCGCAGAGCGCACGGCCAACAAUCGACCAAAGACAACCGUCAACCUUGAGGAUUUCAAGAAGAUUUUGGCGUCCGUCUCCAAGUCGAAAAAGGAUGUAAAGCUGACUGAUGUUUUGUCGUCCUCUAUUGUGACUGAGGAGUUGAGCAGCGACCCUGCUUAUUACAAGGCGAAACUUAUGGACUACUUGCCAAGAGACGGCGGGGAGUUGGAUGACAUUCUCUCUCAAGUGAAAAACCCGCAGGUUUCGCAAGCGACGGCACUUCUGGAGGUUGCGCUGCAAGACCCUGCAACAUACAAGCAGCUCUGCACCUUAUUCGGUGUUCCCGAUACUGACCCAAACGGAGGCGUUUUGGCGUUUCUCAAUGGAAUCAUCGCGGCGGCGAAGAAGCCCUAA